GUCACAGCCUUGGCGCGCCGCUGUUGGAGGACUUCCGGUGGGAGGACUUCCGUCUCGGUGCUAGGAGGUGAGAAGGCUUCCGGCCUUGCGGGCGCCGGGUGGACCCAUCGGGCGCGGAGCGGUGGCUGCAAUGGUGCCGGGUGAGGCGACGCCUCUGGGGCCGGGCUCCCUGGCGGGCAGCGGCACCCCUGAAGCCACGGCGAGGAAGAAGCGCGCGCUGGCUCGCAGGAAGGCCUUUUCCCUGUUCGUCAAAGGCAAGGAGGUGCCGGCGGCAGCGCGGUGCGCCGGCGCGCGGUGGCGGUGCUGCCGGCAGGCGUUCGCGGAGCUCCCGGGCAUCCACCGGCAUGUGGCCCUGCACCACGGCGGAGAUAUCGGGCGGGCGGCCGCCGCUCCCGCAGCUGCCGAGCAGAGCCCUAGACGCCACCACGGAACAGGUAGCGGCCCUGAGAUCUGCUGUGCCCUCCCUGACACCAGUCAUCUCCUCCAGGGCGAGCUUAGCAGCAAGGUGGGAGAAGUACUUCUGUAUUACUGUUACUGCGAGGUGAAGGAUCCAGAGAAACUCUGUGCUUGGCAGAAGGCACUGUGCCAGCAUCUACAUCUUACUGGCAAGGUACGAGUUGCUUCAGAAGGGAUUAAUGGGACAGUUGGUGGAAGCAAAGUAGCUGUCAGUCUCUACAUUGAAGUUAUGCUUUCUCAGCCUCUAUUCAAAGACAUUUUGUGUCAAGAGGAUUUCAAGAGCAGUGCAGGAGGAGCUCACUGUUUCCCAGACCUUCGAGUUGGAGUAUUCAAAGAGAUUGUACCUAUGGGUAUUGAUCCAAAGAUAGUAUCGUAUAAGGAAACCGGAAUCCAUCUAUCCCCUCGGGAGUUUCAUAGAGAAGUAGAACAGUAUUUGUCUCAGGCCAGUCAAGGACAAAGCGAUACUAUCUUGCUGGACUGUAGGAACUUCUAUGAAAGUAAAAUAGGACAUUUCCAGGGUUGUCUGGCUCCAGAUAUCAGGAAGUUCAGCUAUUUUCCCAUCUAUGUAGAUGAAAACCUGGAGCUUUUUAGAGACAAGCGUGUCCUGAUGUACUGCACAGGAGGGAUUCGUUGUGAAAGAGGCUCUGCUUACCUACGGAGCAAGGCAGUGUGCAGAGAGGUUUACCAGCUAAAAGGUGGAAUUCACAAGUACCUGGAAGAGUUUCCAGAUGGAUUCUACAGGGGAAAGCUGUUUGUGUUUGAUGAUCGUUACGCCAUUUGUUCCAAUGAAGAUAUCAUCUCAGCAUGCAGAUACUGUGGGACACUCUGGGACCAGUAUAAACUUUGUUCCAGCCAGCACUGCCGGCAGCUUGUCUUGACGUGUCAAAGUUGUCGCAACAAAGGUCUUACUGCUUGCUGUCCUGUUUGUCAAGAGAAAGAGCUCAUGGUGACUUCAAGGGCUUCAGAACAGACUCUUAAGGAGGAAUGUGAAUGUACGAGGAGACGGCCAAGGGUACCUAUUGAACGUGUCUUGCAAAGGACGCUGGAUGCAGGAAAAGAUUAAGCUGUUUCAUUAGUUAAUCUGACGUGCUAAUGCGAAGGGCUUCAAUAAUCAGAUCCCCAUCUGUUAAUCAGUUAGGUCUGGAAAUCAUAGAAACGUGUUAGCUUGGAAAGUCUUAUUCAUAUGCUGCCUUUAAGCCUAGAGUAUGCCCCAGAAACCAUCCAUUACUUGACCAUGAAUUACCAGCGUGCCCAGCCCAUCACCAGCAUGACAGGAUUCCUCUCCCUGGGUAUUGUCUUGUAGCCUGGCCUCUUCCUUGGGGAUUUUGGAGCAGAUUAUGUGUGAUGGGACAUGGCUGCUCACAAUUCAAAAGAAACUGAAGGGACAUAAAAACAAUUCCAUUCUUUUCUUCCUGCAUGGAGAUGGAUCUGAGUGACCUCUCCACAAUCAUGCAUUUCUUCAAUAGCUAGUGCGAAGAUGUGAAACAGCAGAUACAUCAGUUGGAUGUGGGUAUGUAACUGGAUUAGAGGUGAAGGUGUUUUUCCAUGUACACGCCAUCUGCCUGCAUUCCUUGCUUUAUACCAGUAAGAAGUGAGGGGUAGUUUUCUGAAGUUACUGACCUGAGUGUUGUGUAAAAACCAACAGUGUAAGGACCCCUCUUCUGACUGGAACAAAGGCCUGCUGAUACUGUCUGCCCAGCCCUAGGUGAUGUGUGUGACCUGCAGGGUGAACAGCAAAAGCAGGCCUCAUUCCAGUGCUCUGUCUCCCCAAGAACUGCUGCUUCCCUCAGCUUCUCAGUACAUGAGAUAUCCAGGCCUCAGCUCUGCUUGCACUAGAAAAUAAUGACAGUUUGAAGCAUGUUGAAACAGACACCCAGAGACGGGAGCAGAGACUUUCAAAACCCCAGCAUUAUGGCACCAGAAGCAAUGCUGACCUGUAUGCAUAAAUGUCAGCAACAGCUAUAAAGAGAUUGCAAAAUCCUUUAUCUGAGCUAAAUAAUUCAGGAUUUGGGGAGCAUUUGUGCUUCGUAAACACGGGUUGAGUUUUUUGAAAGCUGUGAGAUGCUUAUGCAAUUUCCAGCUCCUGUUAGUGGCGAAUGGUCUUUGCAUUUGAAGGGAUCCACAGCAUACGAGCUCAAAAUACUUAUCCACCUGCUGCUUUAUGUGCCAGAUGCAGUAGAAUCUACAGAAAGGUUUUAUUAAUAGAGUAGAAAUCAUGUCUUGACUUUAAAAUGUCUUCAAAACUUACUGUCAUUCUUGGUACUGAAUAGUUAGUCAUUAGGAAAUCAAAAUCAUGUGCUUUUUUUUUACUGGCAACUACUUUUAAGAGCAAGAAAACAGUUUACUCAGGUUUCUGUAGUUGCUUACUGACAGUUUAGGGCAAUGUUAUUUUCACAUAGACUGUAAGUUUCUUCUUACAGUUCUGUGAUCUCAGCAAGACCUCAUUGUUUGCUUGACUAGCAAC